ACAGAACGCGGCUCACGGAGCUGGACAGAGGGAUUCGUCUGUGAUAGAAUCUCGCGUCGAAGAAAACCCGAGGUUCAUUCGUCAGCUGGCUUGCUGGCGCUGCCAUGCUAGCGCCCCUGGUAGGACAAUGGACGAGCAGGCUGCUGUCAACCGUGUUCAGGCCUGUGACUCUUUGGCUGCUGGUGACACUGGUGUCCCUCGUCUACCUCUACUUGUCCCGCUACCGGAGCUACUGGAGCAGCAGGAACGUGCCGCACAUCCCGUAUCGAUUUCCUUUCGGCUUCAGCGGCUGGGAACUUGUGAAGCAGACCUAUUUGGAGAGCAACAUGAAGCUCUACUGGAAGGCCAAAGAGGCAGGUGGGUACAUUGGUUUCAUUGAACCGAUGGGGCCUGCGCUGGCGGUCUCUGAUCCUGAGCUCAUCAAGGCGAUCAUGAUGACUGACUUUGAUCACUUUACGAUCAGAAAACCCAAGAGCAUUGCUGAGCAUGGCGUGCAGUCGAAGAUGAUGACCAACCUCCACGGUCAAAGAUGGAAAGAUGUGAGGAGCACAUCGACUCCAGUGUUCUCGACGGGAAAACUUCGCCAGAUGCUCCCGGCCCUCGCCGAACAGGCGGCUGCGAUAGCAGAUCAGAUGGUGCUGGAAUCAAAGGCGCAUGGUGAGAUCAACAUCAACCAGCUGGUGUCUCGCUACACGACCAACAACAUCAUCUCAGUGUCAUUCGGGCUGGAUGCCGACUCGAUUCGUCGGCCAGACUCAGUCGUUGCCUCAAAAGCUGCACAGCUGUCGCAGCGCCCGUCGAUGAAGAAGCUAGCCCUUCUGUCGCUCAUUUCGGCAUUGCCUGGAUGUAUUCGUAAGCGCUUUGAGAUCCGAAAGUUCACCAAAAAUAACUCUGGAUCUUCGUGCUUCUUGAGCGUGACCAAGAGGAUAAUCCAAGAACGCCGCGCGCACCCGGAGAAGCGAAGAAACGACUUUCUUCAGCUUCUUCUGGACACACAGCAGAGUCCGAAGCCGGAGUGCAGACUGACAGACGAUGAGAUAACCGCUCAGUGUAUCCUCUUCUACUACGUGGGUCACGACUCGACCACCCACGCUAUCGCGUGGGCGGCGCGACUGCUGGCGUUCCACCCCGCCGUGCAGCAGCGACUUCAGGCUGAGAUCGACGACCGCCUGCCUCCCAUCUCGGACGCCAUCACUUAUGACACGCUGAGCUCCAUGCCGUACCUGGACAGCGUCCUCAUGGAGACUCUCCGGCUGUACCCGGUCGCCCAGCUGAGCCGCUGCUGUACAAGACCCUACACCCUCCCGGGAACGGAGGUCACCCUGCCAGUCAACACCAUGGUCUACUUCAGCCCGUACGCCCUGCAGAGAGACCCGGACCUGUAUCCGGACCCGAACUCGUUCGUUCCGGACCGGUUCCGGAAAGAGCUCGAGGGCGCGCGGCCGGCUCACGCGUUUCUCUCGUUCGGGGCGGGUCCCAGGCGGUGUAUCGCGCAGCGGUUCGCGAUGCUGCAGACCAAGCUGGUGCUGGUGGCGCUGCUGAAGAGGUGCUCACUGGAGCCGGGACCGAAGACCGGUGGACCGUGGCCCGAGCUGGACCCGUCCGCCGGGACGCUUGUCGAAAAGGGAGGCACGUGGCUGGUGGUGAAGAGCCGCUAACUGAGGAGCUGGCCUCACGAUAAGAACGCCGAUCCGGUGGACAUAUAAGCAAUAUUGAUGCGUUGGAUCAAAUCGGCUGAUAACUGUAUCUAUUAUACAGGACCAAGUGUCCGUAUUGUUGGAUUGUGUACCCAAUGCUCAGGUUUUGUUGUGUAGGACAUUUGAAUUAUCUAGGCAUGAGCCUAGCUCUGUCUGAGAUACAUAUGUAUGUGCUUAGUGAAUGGUCCAUCUCGCAUCGUGUGUCAAAUAUAAUUGAGAUCACCUAUGUGCAGAAUGGCAGGUCAUAUCUCCACCACCACCCUCCCUAUUUACGUGAAUGUUGCCAAUAGCCGUUUUCACGACGGCCAUCUGGUACACAUUUGGUGCACAUCUGGUGCAGAUUAGGUGCAGAUUUGGUCAAAUUAUGUUCAGUGUGUCUCUUAGUAGCUAUCAGCUAGGGCUGCACUAUUUGCUUAUAUGCCUGCUUUGUCAUAUUAUCAGAGAGUAUCAUCGAUUAAAACACUGAAAUAAAUUCAUAAAAUAAAGAUAUUUGCUGUACAAGAGAUUGGGUGCAGAUUUGGUAAAUUAGGUGCACUCGCCGGAUAGCCCGUCUUGAAAACGGCUAAUCGACCAUGCACACAUCUGCGUUAUCCGACGAGGUAGUCUACUUAUUAUUUCAAAGUACUUACUUGCACAAUACAUUCAUUAUCUACCGUCUGUUCUAUACAAUACAUAAUGGUAAAGCCGUAAAAGUCCAUUAUAACUUGUGUGAAAAUAAGAGGUUUUUGUACGACUUUUUACCAGCCACUAACUUCUUGAUGAGAAGUCACUUUUAGAGAAAGUUCACCGACUAUAAUAAUCAUGAUAUAAUAAUCUAUCAUAUAAUAAUCAUGAUUAUAGCUAUUCUCUUCAGCGCUUAAAUAUGUAACCUUUCUCCUUUCUGUAUAUUUCAACCCCUGAUGACGAAGACGAGAGGUCUUUGAAACCGGUUGGAUUUAUCAAAAUAUGCUGCUCUGUGCCUCAAUAUACGUCUUUUUGUUACUU